UUAUCGUGUUGGGGUGGAUUAAGAUUGGGCUGAGAAAAGUAACAAAAAACCUAUCCCGAAUGUCUACUGCUGGAGCUUUCCCCUCCAACAAUGGUUGUUUCAGAUUACUAGGGUUCUUGUCGUCGUCUUCUUCUUUAUAUCUCCUUCUUCAACACUUGCUUCUUAUAGAUUCAUAGGUUCAUAGCAUCAUCUUCUUCUUUAUGUAAUUAGGGCAAUAGACGGUGUAGAUUCUGGAGGCAACCAUUACGCAAAGCACUGAAGGAACGCCAUUGACGGCCUUAUUAACUCUUUAUCCCCACUCCAUCAACGAUAACGCAUUCAAUGCAUCUUGACUCUCACCAAAUCGGUAUAUCUCCAGCUAUUAAAAAGCUGAUUUAAUGUCUGGCCGUUGUACUUCCACCGCCGAAGUGCGACUGCUCUGGCUUUGGGAAGCUAGAAAUUUGAAACGCUGUGGUGCUGCUCCUUGACGCUAAGUGAUCAUCACUUAUUGAGUGACGGUUUGGGUUCUUCUUUUCAAAAUCGUAGAAUGCAUUGGUUGAGUUUGUGUGGACGGUGAACGCGAAGGAAAAAAUUUGUAGGAUAAACGUUGAAUCAUCUUACCAUGGAGAUCACAUGGGCUUGUUGUGAGGUCAAGAUUGAACUGCAAGGACUUGUAGGAGUUCAAGUUUGCCGGUGAUGGUGCCCCUACAAUUACUCCCUCGUAUCUUGGCAGUAAAUAAGGAAUUUAGAUGGAGGAAAGUUCCAUGAGUUGAUUUAAUACACUACUUUACUGAUCAUACUGUCAGGAGCACACAGAUCUAACUCAUUGUUACUUUAUGAACUUCAAUAGGUUGUGCAUGCCAACACUGAGGUAUGGCUUCAGUCACUUUACUCAAAUGUUGUGGGCUUUAGUUUUUUUCCCACGACUUAUGUUAUGCUUGUUUAGGUUUCAUCAUCAGGGAAAUCUAUCAACGCUUUGAAUUAAGAAACUAAAUAGUUUCUCUGCAGCGAACCUAAUGUCAUUAGCAUUGGUAGUUUCUACAUGAUUUGCUAGGACAGUUUCUAACAACAAAAAAUUAUAAAAGAAGUGAAAUAAGAGAGAGUCUCUUCGUAAAGAUAUUCUGAUACCAUCAUGAGGUACUCUGUUGACACAUGUCAAUUCUUUAAUGAUUGAUUUUAGCUAAAACAUAAUUAUGUAAUCAAUUUUAUUUUUUAUAAUUUAUGAGAGAUUUGUGGAAUCUCUCACCACUAAUGAUGCCCUUUUAUACAUUUUGAUUUGUUAGUGGCUUACAUUAACUUUUGGGAUUUACAUUUAACUUUUUACUAAAUUAUAGAAAUCUAUCAAUAUUAAAUUAGUUAACAACCUUUGGAAAGAUACUCUCCAAUAAUCAUGCUAUUAGACUAUCUUAAAUCUCAUGGAUUGGGGAUGCUCGUAGAUUGAGUAUAACAGGCUUACUUUUGUUUAAAGUUGUUUUGGCUGUUUUUUCGUAGGUUUUUAAAAAAUUCUAGCUGUCUUGUACAUUACACAAAAGAAACAAAAAAAUUAAUAUGAAAACUUUUAUAGAAAAAGAAUAAGCUAUUAUUUCUAUAAACUAAGCAACUGCAUGUAAUCGUCACGAGCGUACUAAAUGCUAACGUGCGUUCUUAUUAGGCUCUAGUGCUUGCUUGUUUGAUUAUUACUUUUUAUGAAGCGAACAAAAAAACUAUGCAUGCAAACAAAUUGGAAGAGCAUUACUACAUAUAUAUAUUAAAUUAGCUUCGACAUUACUAAUAUCAAAUUUAUAAUACCACAGUUUGUCUUUUGGGAUACCAUAAUUUUUAAUAGUUUAGGAGUUUUCAUCAUUGAUGUAAUUAAUUAACUAAUACAAAGGUUAGAGCAAUCUAAAAGGUCAAAAAUGUGGCCCUCGUUUAAUAAGAAAAUUUUGGGAUGAAAUCAUUUGGUGAUAUUCAAGUGUCGUAAACAAUAACCUUAAUUCAGAUGAUCUGUCUUCCCGUAAAAGAAAGAAAAAAAUGAUCUGUCUCUCCGUGGCAUGAAGGAAAGACAGAGAGCAAGAGAGAGAGAAAGAGAGUUGCGUUGAUCAUGUGCGUCAUUGAACCCAGAGCCCUUGAAGUAUGUAUAAAUAGAGAAGUAACUGAUCCGUAAAUACAAACCAUUAGUAACAAAUAAAAAAACAAUGUUGUCUCUACUCUCUAUUGUCUUGACUUUUCUUUCUCUUAUUAUCAUGCCUUGUCUCUUCGUCUCUUGGCGUCUACGUGUUCCCCUCUCCAUUACAAAUAUCCGCAGAUUCAUCAAAACCACAGCUUCUCAAUGCAACGAUAAAGAAGAGAGCGGUACAACCGGAGAGAAGGAGAAAGGAGGGAGAAUGCCAAAGCAUGUGGCGAUCAUAUUGGACGGAAACAGACGUUGGGCAGAGAAACGAGGACUCGGGCCAUCGCAAGGUCAAGAAGCCGGAGCGAGAACUGUUAUGGAGAAUGUUAAGGACUAUUUCUCAAUGGGGAUUAACACUGUUUCACUCUUUGCUUUCUCCACAGAAAAUUGGGGAAGACCCGGGGAUGAAGUUAAGUACAUAAUGGACAUGUUUGAGAAAAUCGUCAAGUCUGAGAUGCCUAACUUGCGCAGAUAUGGCGUCAAAGUCUCGGUCAUCGGAAAACGGACGAAUAUUCCGGAGUCACUUCUACAUUUGAUAGGAGAAGCAGAAGAAGCUACAAAGAACAACAAAGAGAAGCAACUCAUUGUGGCGUUAGACUAUAGUGGAAAGUUCGAUAUUUUACAAGCAUGCAAAAGUCUUGCUGAAAAGGCAAAAAACGGGCUUAUCAAUGUAGAGGACAUCGACGAGAAUCUGAUGGACAAAGAGUUGAUGACAAGCUGUAGUGAGUUCCCAAAUCCUGACCUAUUGAUUAGAACAAGCGGAGAACAAAGGAUUAGUAACUUCUACCUAUGGCAAUCAGCUUAUACAGAGCUUUACUUUCCUAGUGUUCUAUGGCCUGACUUCGGAGGAGCUGAGUAUCUCGAGGCCUUAGAUUGGUAUCAGAAGAAGCAGAGGCGAUUCGGUCUAAGGGUUUAAACUUUCAGUUUUUUUUAUGUAUUUAUUAAUAAAUGGUUUAACUACUCAAAACUGUAUGCGUUUGUUUUCACGUUUACUAGUUCAAGAUGCUACUUCAGUUGUUAUUGUUUCUAGUAAACAUCAUUGUAAGUUUAUAAUUUUAAAAUGUUAUUGUGUGAAUAAUAUCGUAUUAACCCA